UCUUACAACUGCUAAAAGAGUAUUACAUGAUGUUGGAAUUUAUUCUCAUGUUGAUGCAAAAAAACCUUUUAUAUCAGAAAAGCAUUUAUUAGAUCAUAUUAGUUGGUGUAAAAAAUAUAAAGAAAAUACAGUUUAUGAUUGGGCACGAGUUAUUUUCUCAGAUGAAUCAAGUGUUGAGAUUGGCAAGCAGUCACGACAAUUAAGAGUUUAA